AUGUACCACGGGUCCAAGUCAAAAUCCCAUCAAUGGGGCAGCUGGUCCGACUGGGUUUUGGAUGAGAACCACCACCGCUACUAUCGUUUUCGCCAGGAUUCUGAAGGGAAUUACGACUAUGACUGGGACCAGCACGACUCGGCCGCCGCCGCUCAUGCGCAAACUCCGCGAGACACAACGAUCAACGACAUAACCGAGGGCCUCAAAGGCCUCACCACCGACUACGAUGGCUCAAUAUCCGAAGAUCAUUUGUCAAACUCGAAAUCCGGCAGGCCCAAGAGCAAGCACAGGCACCGCACAGGCUCCCACGACGAGGACUCGGCACAAGGCGCCUACAGAACCUCGACGGCGGAAUCGUUACAUGUGUCCCAGGCGGGGCAGUAUGAUUACAUGGGAAACCAAUACGUCCACGGAUCAUCCGAAGCACAGUACUACCAGCCGUCGACAUCAGACUCUCAAUCGGCUCCCGUGUACGGCGCAAGAGAAGACCGAUCAGCUGAGAAUCACGCAGCUGACCGACCACUACGUGGGUACGACGAGCGGAACCAUUACGACGAGCGAAAGCACAGCCCUGACCAAGAUCACGAAGACGACGAGCUGGCAAACACUAUAGCGGAGAGCCAGGACUACAAUGCAUACGCAUAUGCGAAUGCUGGAGAGUCAUCAGCAUCGGCUUAUGCUCAGUAUGAUGACGACGAAGACGAGGGCCCGCCUACGCCAAAGGCUCAAUCAGGAGCAGGCAGCUAUCACAUUGCGGCACUCGAGGAGCCAUUAGAAGAGCUUGAUCCACGUUAUCGAGUUGAGCCGUCCAGCAAGUUUCAACCAGGCGAGAUAUUUAAAGUCCAUUGGUCAGAGCCGCAAGGCGCCAGCUCCGAAGGCGCUCCAAGCGUGUCCGGUAAACAUGAAAUCCAGAACCGGUUUGGAACAAAGUUUUUUGUCGGGUUCCGGCGCUUUAUCGUGAUAGCAAACGAUCAGGGCCACUGCACCUGCGUCCCUAUUCUGACGUACGGUGGCAAAGCCUGCAAAAAGAAAGGUGUCAAGGCUGACAAACACGGCAUCAUUCAUGAGCGCGGCAGCAAGCCACGACUACUUGAUAAGGAGCCAAAGCUAGGCUUCCCUCCCGUUCGGGUCGAGAUGAAAGAAGAGGGCGAGAAGCUCUCAAAGGAAUCCCGCGUCAACUAUUCAAAGCUGGUUACGGUAGAACACAACGUCAAGGUGUUUUUCAUCGGAUCAAUUGUGUACAAUGACUGGGAACUUGUUAGCGAUGCCGUAAACCACUGCUGGAACAAAAAGAACCACCAGAAGCAGAGGCAUCGAUAA